AUGGAUUGUGAUGAAAUUAAUUUUAAAAAUGAAAAUAAAAAUUUAGAAUUUUUAUUAAAUAAAUAUAUAAAUGAAAUUUCAGAGCCAGCAAAUUAUCAACAAAUUAAAAUGAGUAUUUAUAAAUAUUAUGAACAAAAUCAUAAAUCAAAUUUAACUCAUCAACAAAGUGAAGCGUUAAAACAAAUAAUCAGUGAAACUGGACCAUCUGAAAGUAUUUUAUCAACAUGUAUGGAUUUUAGAGUUAAUUUCAUAAAUCAACCAAGUGAAUCAUGUGAAAUAUUUGAUCCACUGAAAAAAAGAAUUGCUAAAUUUCAACAAUUAAUAAAGGAUAGCCUACAACAAACUCCAAUCGAACCAUUACUAAAUGAAUUAAUUAAUGGUUACAAUUUAUUCAUUAGUCAAUUGGUUGAAAGAGUAAUUUAUAAAGAAACUGAUGGUAGUAGAAAAUCAUUAAGAAUAUUAGAAUGUAAUCCAUUGAUAUUGGGUGAAGAUUUAAUUUAUCGUGAAAUUUCAUUGGAUAAAGCCUAUGAAAUUGCAUCCUAUAAUCCAAAAGAGUAUGAAUAUCAAAAAAAGAAUGAAAAUGGUACUAGUUGUGGAGGAGUUGUAAACUCUGUCUACUAUAAAGUUGAUAAUGGUUCUCAUUUACUUAGACCAGCAAAAGAGAAUGCAGUUUUCCAAUUUUAUAAAACACUUUUCGAAACUGAUAAAUAUAUUGUACCAACUCAACUAUUGGUUAUUAAUCAGCUACCAAUUCUUCCACCAGAUAUUAAUGACUCUGAAGAAAGAAGAGAAUUAAUUAAAUUAAAAGCAAGACACUGUUUAACGAAUGCUCGUGAUGUUUUUAAUAUUGAUCCUCAAUUAGAAAGAAGGAUAGAAAAUGCACUCCAACAUCAAAGACCACUUUUCAUUCAAGGUUCAUUAUUUAUGGAGGGAAAAAGUUUAUUUGAUUUUCUAUCAAAUGGCUGUGGUGGUUGUAGUGGUUGUUGUGGUGAUAGUGAUAGUGGUAGUGGUAGUGGUUGUUGUGAUAAUAAAAAAAAUUCAAGUCAAGUUGUAGUAGAUGGUGCUUCCGAUGAUAGAUUAGGUGGUUGUUCUAAAAAACCUAUUGAUUAUAGUGUUUUAGAUAGAGAAAGUUUUAGUUCACACAUUUUAGCAAGUUUAUUAUUAAUGCCAACAGAUUAUAAAGCAGAUAACUUAAUUAUUUCAAAGGAUUCAAAUAUGAUAGUUGGUAUUGAUAAUGAUGAAUCGAUGGAAUGUGACGAAGUGAAAAAAGUUAUCAGUAGUAUUUCAAAUCACGAAAGAUAUGAUAUCUGUUUAAAGAAUAUUUUAUUUAGUUUACCAUUAAUGAAUGAAUAUAUUAAUGAAAAUAUAAUAUCAAAAUUUAUGAAACAUCAUCCAAAUAUCUUUUUAUUAGAAUGGUUAAUUAAACAAUGUGAAAAAGAAAUUAUAUAUAAUCAAUUUAUUAAAGCAUCAUUACCAAUUAAAAUUAAUGAUAACUCAACGACCACCAAUAAUAAUAAUAAUAAUAAUAAUAAUAAUAAUAAUAAUAAUAAUAAUAAUAAUAAUAAUAAUAAUAAUAAUAAUAAUAAUAAUAAUAUUUAUAAUGAAAAAAUAAUAUCAAAUAUAAAUCAAGAUUUGGGAUUACCUUUUAAAUUUUCACCAGGUUGGAUAAAAUUAAUGCUUGCUAGUGGUUGUAGAAUGUCACAUAAAGAAUUAUUAAAACAAAUUUUACCUUUUACUGGGCAUUAUUAUCAAGCAUUGGAGAGAUUAAAUUCUGAUCCACUUCAACAAAUGGUUUCAAUGUAUGGUAGAGGGUUUGAUUUUAAACAAUUACUUUCAAAUCAUUUGGUUUCUGAAGAUUUAGAUAAAAUAUUUCAACAAUUGGAAUCAAGAGAAUUUAAAAAAUGGUCACCACCAAAUCAAUCAUUACAAGAUACAAUUAAAGAGUUAAUACUUGAAACAAAUUAUGGUACUGAUUCAUUCCCUUCAAAUCAAUAUUUAAUUAAAUGGUUAGAGAUUCUAUUGAUUAGGUUAAAUUCUGGAAUUGGAUUUGGAACUAAUGAUAAGGAAUUAAAUUUUAAAUAUUUUGAAUUACAUGAUUCAUGGUAUAAAAACAAGGAGAAAAUAUUUAUUAUCUUAAUUAAAGAGGGUGCAUCUGAAAUUUUACUAAGAGAUUUUGCAAAGAUUGUUCAUUUAACAAUUGAUGAAAUUAAUCAAAUUAGAGAUGAAGAGGUUGGUUCAAUAGUUCAUAUUGCAAUUCAUUCAAAUAAUGCCAAUAUUUUAUCACAAUUAAAAGUUUUACAGUGUAUGGGAGUUGAUAUCGAAGAAUCUAAUAGUAGUUGGUGUACACCAUUAGGUUUAAGUGUACAUAAUAAAAAUUUUGAAUUAUUUAAAUUACUAAUUGAUAUGGGUGCUGGUGCAUUAACAAAUCCUCAAAAAAUCAAUGACUAUUAUAAAUCUUUAUCAUUGGAAAGUAGACAAGAGUUACGUCCAUACCUUUCAAAGUUAUCUUAUGUAAAUCCAAAAAUAAUUUGGAAGAUUUCAUUAGACCAUAUUUUCCCUUUAGUUAGUGGUUAUUCAGGUCCAGCAACAGGUAAUAAAGUUUUAAAAACUACAUCAGAAGGUGAAAGAGUAAUCUCAAUUGAACAUUGGCGUCAAUUGUUCCAUCAUGAUGGUUCGCCAAUAAAAUCAAAUCCUCAUGGAGCAAGAUCUGUACCAUUUGUAAAGAGUAAAGGAUUUAGAAUUUAUUGUAAAUUUGAACCACAAUUUCCAGGUACAGAAUUAGCUGUUUCAAGAUUAUCAGAAUUACUUUUUGGUUAUUUAUCACCAUAUAGUGAACUUGGAUCAAUAAAUAAUGUACCAGUUUUAUUAACACAAGGGAUUGUUGGAGACCCAUUGGUUGAUAUACUUUCAAAAAAUUCAGAAAUUUUAAAUCAUUUAGAUCCAUCAAAUUUAUCAAAAAUUUUAGUAUCUGCAAUGUUAUUUAAUCCAGGUGAUGGUAAUUUAGGAAAUUAUAUAGUUUCGCCAUGUUUAAAUGAUACAAUUGAUUCUAAUAAUAAUAAUAACAAUAAUAAUAGUGAAAAUAAUAAUAAUAAUACCAAACAAAUGUAUAGAUUAAUUGCAAUUGAUCAAGAUCAAAGUUUUAUGCCAUCAUUUUCAAAGGAUUUAGGAUCAAAUAAAUUAUCAUUACAGGUUGAAACCGUUUUGUUUCUUUUUAAACAAAUGAAUGAUCCAGUUCACCAAGAUGUAAAAGAUUGUAUACUUGAGAAAAAUUUAGAUUUAGUUUUAAAUAAUUGGUUAAAUAAUUUGAAAUUUCAUCAUCAAGCAUCAAUUAAUCAUUUUAAUAAAAUUGGUGAAAGAUUAAAGGAUAAACAACAACAACAAAUGGAGAAAAAGACAAUUAUUGGUAUAUCAUUUGCUCCUGGUAUUAUUCAACAACUAUUUUCAAAGUUAACAAGAUUACAAAAUGAAUUUAAAAAGAAUAGAAAGAAACCAAUAACUCAUAUUGAACUUUUAGAGAUUUUGGAACCAAUGAUUGCAAUUCGUUAUAAACCAUUUUUAAAUGAAUUCAAUAAUGGUCCAGAGUUUUUAAUAGAAAAGUAUAGAAAAUUAAAAAUUUCAAGUUCUCUUGAGACUUCUAAUGGUGGUUAUGGUAGUAUUUCAUCUUUGAGUAGUUCAAUCCAUUCAAAUUCAUUCGUUUUAGAGUCUAGAGAAAUUCCAAAUAUAAGUGAAAUUCAAUCAUCUUUAAGAUCUGGUAAAUUUGGACCUGAUAGAGCUAUUGAAGAAUUAGAUAUUAUAAAGAAACAACAAUCUACUAUAAAUCAAAUUUUAUCAGAUUUGGGUCAAUUAAAUCAUUUUAUUGAUGGUAGAUCUUUAUCUCAACCAAAUUUAAUCGAAUCACUACAACAACCAAAUUCAUUAACAAAUUCAGGUUCAAGAACAAUAAAUGCUCAAGGUAUACAUACAAAUGGAAGUUUAGGUAGUAGUGUUGGUAAUAAAUUUAGUAAAUUAUUUGGUAUGGGUAGUAAACAACCACCAUCAUAUCAAAUACCACAACCCACUACACCACCAAUGGAAAAGAGAAAGGAUAAUUUAACCGAUUGUUUAUUAGAACAAUUGUUAAAAGAAGUUAAUUUCAAAAAAUUAACACCACCUCAAGAAAAGUAUUUAUUGGAUUUUUUGAAAACAAGUAAAGAACUUAGAUUUGUAUCAUUAAAGGGUGCGUCAACAAUAAAAUAUCAAUUUUUUAAAUCAUUUAUAAUUAGAGCGAUCGUUCGUAUGGAUUUAUCAGAUAGUAGUAUUGAUUCAGUUUCACAAGUUGGUUUAUUAGGAACUACUUCCUCACCUAUAGUAAUGCACUCAUUAACUAGACUUCGUCUUGAUAGAUGUUCAUGUUUAUACAUGAUAAAACUAAAUGCUGAUGCAUUAAAAGAAUUAAGUUGUACUGAUUGUCCAAUGUUAAAAAUCAUUGAAUUAAAUACACCAAAUUUAGAGAUUAUAAAUUUAGAAAAUGGUUCAAUCAUUGAUUCAAAAUUUUGGGAUAAUCUAACUAAACAAACAAAUCUUAUAAAAUUAAAUAUAUCAAAUUGUAAAACAGUUUCAAGAGAAUUAACAUUCACUUUUCCAAAUCUAUUAGAAUUGAUUGCAAAUAAAAUAUCAACAUUAGAUAAAGUUAUAUUACAAUUACCAGUAGCAUUAUCAAUUCAUUUUGAAAGUUGUAUAAAUUUAACAUCAAUAUCUGGUUUAACACCAUCAUUAAAAUUAUUAAAUUUAAAUCAAUCAAUAAGUUUAAUUUCAAAUAAUGAAAAUAAUAAUGAAAAUAUUAUUAAUAAUAGUAAUAAUAAUAAUAAUAAUAAUAAUAGUAAUAAUAAUAGUAAUAACAAUAGUAUAUCAACAACACCAAUUAAUGUUUCAAGUAAUUCAUUAAUAUCAAGUCAAUCAAAUUUAAAUAUUACAUAUUCAUCAACAUUUAAAGUAAAUGUAUGUGGUGUUGAUAAACAUAUUCAAAACUUUAGAAAAAUUAUAAAUUCUUCUUCAAAAAUUUCAACAAAUUAUAAAGUUGAUAAUAUUAGAAAUCAAGAAUAUGAUUUUCAAUUUUGGUAUUUAGCUGAACAAUGUGAUAGUUCAACAACUCCACUAUAUCUUAAAAGCUCAAAUAUAUUAUUGUUAUUAUUUGAUUUUUCAUUAGAUAUUGAUGGUAAUGAAUUUAAUGAAACAUUAAUAAUUUUCCAAAAUUAUAUUGAAGCAUGUAAAUCAAAUUCAAUUAAACAAAGAUUUAUUUUAUUUGGUUAUGGUUAUCCACCAGAUUCUAAAUCACUUGAUUUGGUAAAACAAUUUAAAGAAUUAAAUCAAAUUGAAACCUUUGUCUAUAUAGCUCAAAUACUUGAAAAGCAUCAACUAGAAUAUGUUAGAGAUAGUUUAUUCUCAAAUUUAAGAAAUGAUCAAUUAGAGAUUUUAAAGGUUAAUCAUUUAUAUAAUUUUAAAAAAAAUAUAGAAAAACAAGCUUUACAAGUUGUUGCAAAGAAAAUACUUACCAAAGAUGUAUUGGUAAUUGAUUUAUUGGAUGAACUUGAAGGAAUUGAUUUCUCUGAUAUAGUAUCGGAUCAUUUUCAAGAUCAUUUAGUAUCAAUUAAUGAAAUCUUUGAUUUAUUAUACCAAUUGAAUAAAUCAUUAAUUGAAAAUCAUCAACAAAAAGAAGAAUAUGCAAAAUCUAUUAAAAAAGAUUUCUUUAAAGUGAAAAUCAUUCAAAAACAACAAACUGAUAUGCUAUCGAAAUUAGAUCGUUACAAAGAAACCAUUAAUAUUACAAUGAUUUUUAAAAAUCUAAAAAGACUCUAUUAUAUUGCAUUAAUUAAAAAUAUUGGUAAAGUGAUUCAAACACUUGCUCCAAUUUUUUCAGAUUAUAAAAUGGAAACUUAUCAAAAGAAAUACUUUGAAGAUUAUGAAGCUAUAAACUUUUCAUUCAAAUCUGAAUCAUAUCUAUAUAGUAGUUCCAAUUCAAUUAAUAUUACACUUUGUAGAGUUAUUUGUUCAGGUUUUAAUCAUGCUUUUAGAUGGUUUUUAGUGAAAUAUCCUCAACUAUUUGAUGAGGCAACUUUAAAUUCAAAUAAUUUAAACAAUAGUAGUGUUUUAAGAACUUCUAGUAGUUUAGCUUUAAAAAAUGAAGAUAGUAGUAGUAUAGAAUUUCCUUAUGAAAAAACACCUCUAUCAUUUGCUAUUGAUUAUAAAUGUUUAGAAAUAAUUCAAUGGUUAGUUAAUAAUGUUAUUUUAUCAUCAAAAUUAUUAAAUAUUGCAUUGAUAAGAUCAAUUAUGGUUGGUAAUUUAGAAUUGGUUACAUUUUUCAUUGAAAAUGGUUCAGAUGUUAAUUGUAGUAUUUCAAGUUUAGAAAUGUCACCUAUUCAAUAUGCUGCAAAGUUUAAUCAAAUUGAAAUUGUUAAAUAUUUAUUAACAUUGGAGGGAAAUAAAAAAGUAAACAUUGAAAAAAAGAAUAGACUAGGUUGGUCAGCAAUUCAUUUCGCUUCAAGAAAUCAAAAUCAACAAAUUGUAGAUUCAUUAUUAUCAACUUCAAAUGAUAAAUCUUUAAUUAAUACUCCAACAAAUAUAGGUGAAACUCCACUUUAUUUAGCAGUAACAAAAUCAAUAUCAAUCAACCAUGACUUUUUAUUGAGUAUAAGUAUUAAAGUAUUCUGUAAUUAUUUUUAUUAUUAUUAUUAUUAUUAA